AUGUUUCGUGCUGCCCGGCGGCGGCUGGACAAGGUCCCCUUCGCCACCCUCUUCGGCUACAACUCGAUCCUGCAGAGCGUCUUUGCGGCGCCGGUGAAGCAGGAGGCGAUCGUGGUGGAGCUGCCGGGGGAGCGGACGGAGCGCUACACGUACGGGCAGCUGCAGAAGGACGUGCUCUCCAUGUCAAACGUCAUCACCGAGCGAAGAGAGGCGAUGACGGCGGCCCAUGGGAAGCCGUCGAUGAGUUGGCUGCAGCAUCCACGGCCCGCCAACGUGCGAAGCGUCUUUGCCGACGGCGACGGCGGGGUGCUGAGUUGCGACUUCAUGAAGGACGACGGACAGUACAACAUGGCGAUCAUCGGUGACACGGGGUACACCUUUGUGGUGUCGCUGCUGGCGGCCUGGUCGCUGAACCAAAUGGCCGUCCCGCUCUCCGUCUUCCAGAAUUACGCGACGGAGUUGUCGUACAUUCUGGAGCACAGCAGAAGCAGAGCAGUGAUGGGGAACACGGCCCUGUUGAAGGAAAAAUUUCCACGACAGUACGACGCACUUCUAGUGCGCAGCUUCAGCAGUCUGCACAACCCAAUGACGGCUCCCUCCUCCCCGAGCACGUACGACGUAGAAACGCUCUUUGAUGCGCAGAAACUGCUUAAGAAAAUUCAGGAAAAGCGAGAGUAUUCCGAGGCUGCAACCAAGGUAAUACUGCCGGAGCACUUGCUCUCCGAGGAGGAGCGUCAGCAGCUAAAGGACGCGCAAAGCGUCAUGGACCGACUCUCAGGCGAGAAGGCGGCGGAGGAGGAGCGCCGUGAGGCAUGGCGUCAAUACAUGAUACGGGAGCAGUUCAAGGCGCACUGCGCCGUCACCGACGCCGGGGACGGCACCGGCCUAUUUUACGACACCGACCACAUGGACUCGCUUAACGUCGUCCAUCGUCUUUGGGCGGAGGAGUGCGCCGCCCGACCAAGCAAACACGACGACUGUGUGAUGAUCUACACCUCCGGCACGACAGCGAAACCCAAGGGUGCCGUUCAUACUCAUGCGAGUCUCCAACACAUGGUGGGGGUGCUGCGCAAGGCGUGGGAGUGGUCCUCCACGGACACGAUUCUCAACAUGCUGCCGAUCUACCACAUACAUGGACUUGUGAAUAUUCUGCUGUGUUCCUUGGCCUCCAAUGCGCGGUGUGUUUUGACGAAGUUUGAUGACCCGCUUCGUAUUGCCCGUAGAAUUGAGCGCGGGGACAUCACGCUGGUGAUGGGGGUCCCUACUCUUUACACCAAGCUGAUUGCCGCAGUCAAACAAAAGAUGUCGCCAAUUGAGCAGGCGGGGUUCAAAAAUGCCGUAUCGCAGAAUGUGCGUCUCAUGGUGUCUGGAAGUGCGUCGCUCCCAGUGCCGACCCUCCACGCAUUCCGUGAGAUCAGUGGGCACACCCUGCUAGAGCGCUAUGGCAUGACGGAGAUUGGGAUGGCGCUGAGCCAACCGCUUCGGCCCAUAGAGAAGCGCAUCCCUGGCACCGUGGGCUCGCCGCUGCCGAAGGUGCGGGCCUUUGUGCAUGGCACCUCUGCUGCCUCCGCCGCCGAGGAGCGGGAGGAGGUGGGUGGGGCGGCGGGCGGAAAAGGGACCCAGGGGCAUUAUGACGAGAUUGGCCAGCUCGCCAUCGCCUCGAAGUCCUUGUUUGACCGCUACUGGGGAAACCCCGAGGCGACCAAAAAGGAACUCGUUGUGAGCCAAGCGGGUCGCCGCUACUUCGACACCGGCGACACCGUCGGUGUACGAGAGCCUCAAAACGAAAAUGAGGAUGCCGUCUUCACCAUUCUUGGCCGCUCUAGCACGGACAUCAUAAAGUCUCGUGGGUAUAAACUUUCUGCGUUGGAAAUUGAGGCCGCGUUGCUCUCCCGCAAAGACCUUUUCUUUGAGGUCGCCGUCGUGGGCUGCAAGGACGACACGUUGGGGGAGAAGGUGGUGGCGGUUAUCGCGCCUCAUGCAGCCGCGCUGCAGAAGUGGGGCAUUCCCCCCGAGUUUCACCUCUUUGAGUCACCCGAACUCAAUGCGGAGCUCAAGGGCGUAGCGCGUGGCCUGCUUUCGCACUACAAGUGCCCGGAGCGCUUCAUACUUAUGCCUGAGAUCCCGCGGAAUUCCAUGGGGAAGGUUAACAAGAAGAGUCUCAAGGAACUACUCUCGCUGGCGUAG